AUGAAGACUUUAAUACUUAAUUUAUUCAUUUUAUUGGUACAAUCGAAGCACCUCACCAAAUACAGUAUACCGGCUUUGGAGGAGACUUAUGUUGGAUUGAAGUUUUGCCCGAUUCCUAAAACUGAAUACCGAGGAAUUCCUUUUAAGAGACAAUACUCUGCGAAAAAGACUGGAGACACAGUCUGUGAAAACAAUCGUUUCUUCCCAUACCGAAGAAAAGCUUUUUGGGCAAGACCAGCGACACCAAUAAAAUUCACAUUAGUCCGUGAUCCUGUUCAACGAUUUGUCUCACUUUAUGAACAUUUCUGCGACCGUCUGAAAGCUUGCAAAGGCAGAGAUAUUCAUCAUUUCGCUAAAUGGAUCAACAAUGUCCGCCAUCAUCGAGGAGCAAAGUGGAGAAAAUAUCGGAAAGCAAAUCUCGACUAUCGACUCAUUGCUUAUCAUAUGGUUCCACAAACAAAUUUCUGUCAAUUGGGGAGCAGAACAAAGUCUUUUUAUAUCAUUCGAUAUUCGGAUAAUAAGACGGCAAUGUAUGGAGCGUUUAUGCGACUUUUCAGAAAAGCACAUAUUCCAUUGGGUGUAGCAAGAAGGGCUCUUGGUCACUUGAGAAAAUCAAGCACAAGACAUGCUUCUCAAAAUGAGAAACGAGCGACCCAAUUGAAAGUCGAAAUCGCGAAAACACCACAUACUGUUGCCUUGAUCAGAAGCAUCUAUAAAGAGGAUUAUAAGAAAUUGAAUUUUCCA